ACAGAACGGCAAACUUCUAGCAUCAGCAUGGCCACGAUAGAUCCUGAAGUGGCGAUAGUGACCGUGGAAGCGCAACUAAAAGACAUUGUGCAGAACCUCUACAACCUUAUCGUGCAAGCGUACGAUCACCAUGGCAGUAAGACACAAGAGGCCAUGAAGCGUGAGAUCCAAGUCCUCGUCCAGAACCUAGUACAACUGUCGCGAACGGCUCCUUCGAUACAGAUCAAUAUCCCACCGGAGGUCAUGAGUUAUGUUGAAAACUCGAGGAACCCCGAUAUCUUCACCCGCGAAUUUGUUGAGACUGUGCAAAGAAUGAAUCAAAUGCUAAACGGCCGAGUCGACGCAUACCGCAUGUUGCAGGAACAACUCGCGCGGCAAGUCUCUAGCGCCAUCCCAGAACUUAAGGAAGACGUUUCCUCUCUAGUCGAGGCUACCGGAGGCAGGGUGACAGUCUAACAGCCUUCUUCGUUUCCAUUAUUCUUAUUCGCAUUCAUAUGUUAGAUUAAACUUCUGGGCUUGGGUAAUUCUGGCAGUGACAACCCUGGGUUACAUCUGAACGCGACCUCAAAGACAGCUACGGAAUAUCGUUCAAACUGAAAAGAGUGGAUUUCAUUGCAUGGGGUUGAGUAUUGUCAAGCGACGCGGAGGAUCCCAUAACCAGUAGUCCGUCCAGACUGCGAGCACGUCUCAUCAACGCACUGUGUAUCGGUCCAGAUUCGAUGCCUUCGGUACAGUUGCAAAAGCAUACCGGAGCGGCAAACGAUGUUACAUUUUCAAAGUGCAAAUCAAGGUUUUGGAAUUGUUUCAUCCCCAACCCUGCAGGUACCCGGUUGAAGAUAAUAGCAGGGAUGGGUGUUAUCAAACGUCGAAAUUGCCAUACCCGCGACACCCAUGUCUUCAUAGCGAAAACCAGACCAAGCAAGAUGUUUCAAC